AACAAAUUUAGGUGUACUAUAAUAAAAUGCCAUAAUUGUAAAUUGAAAACUGCUUGUAACCUGAACAUAUACUGACAGAAUAAUAAAUAAGCUAUACCGAACAAUAUGCAUUAUAUAAGUUACCAACUUAUAUACGAAUUACCAACUUAUAUAUGAGGUUAUACGAAAUUAAAAUAAUAAAUAACCUAAUGUAGGUUAUUUAUUUUUGAUAAUAAAUCCAUAUGUUUUCAUUCACUUUUCCGGGCAAGAUGCACGGAUCGGCAUAGAUAUGAACGCCACUAAAUUUCUCUAUUCAUCUAAACCGAUAUAUACAAUUUCAAAAAGAAAUUUUUUGUCUAAACUUUUCGGAUGCUGUGGGUGCCAGGACGAUUCCCCGCCGGAAGUGGCACUGACAAAGGAAUCGAAGAUUGUGACGAAGGGGAUGUGCUUGCCGGUAAUCGGUAUAGGAACAUGGCAGAUGAAACCUGAGGAAGUUAAGGGUGCCUUAUGCUGUGCCAUUGGCUUAGGCUACAGGCACAUAGACACGGCUUUUGUUUAUGGAAAUGAAAAAGAAAUCGGUGAUACUUUACGCUUCAUGGUUAGCAACCGAAUGAUAUGUCGCCCACAGUUAUUCAUCUCAAGUAAGCUUCCUUAUGAUUCAAUGAAACCUGAACUCGUAAAGGAGUGCGUUGACCAAAGCCUUACUAAUCUUGGAUUAAGUUACUUGGAUCUGUACCUUAUACAUUACCCAAUUGGUACGAUAAAAUCUCCAAAUGGCUUACACAUAGAUGAUCACACCAACCAUCUGGCGAUUUGGAGGGAACUGGAAAACCAAGUGUUUGAAGGAAAGAUCAAAAGUCUUGGUUUAUGUAACUUUAAUACUCGUCAAAUAAGAAAUAUACUGGAAUGCGCACGUGUUCUUCCUGCAAAUCUUCAAAUUGAAAUGCAUAUUUACUGUCAGCAGAAGCAACUUAGAGAAUUCUGUAAACAGCAUAAUAUUGCUGUAACAGCUUAUGCACCUCUGGGAAAUCCAAGCCUCGACUGCUAUCUCAAAGAUUUAGGAUUAACAUCAAAUAUGGUCCCUAGGCCUUUAGAAAAUCCUAGUGUAAAGAAGAUAGCUGAAUGGCGUAAUAAGUGUCCUUCGCAAGUUCUUCUAAGAUAUUUAUUACAGUUAGGAGGGGUUGCCGUUAUCCCUAAGGCUAGUUGUCCGGACCACAUUUUGUGUAACAUACAAUUAUUUGAUUUUUGCUUGGACUCUUGUGAAAUGAUUGAAUUGAAGUCCAUGGAUAUGUGUAGUAAAGGAAGAAUGUAUGGCAGUAAUAUCUGGCUUGGUACUGAAAAACACCAUGAAUAUCCUUUUUAAUGUAAACUGAGCGUGUUGAUGAAGAGAAAAUAUAAAUUUUUAAGUCUACUG